UUAAGAAGAUGUCAUUCACCAACUAAAGUAUACACGCCAUACUAACAUGACUAACGCGUCUAUUUGACGAAGUUAUUUUUUUAAAGAUAAGGAAAAUGACUGCAUAUUUGUGCGGUUUCUGGAUGACAGUUUUAACGAUUUCACUUGUAGAAAAUGAAGCAGCCAGAUACACAGUCAGAAACAUUUGUCCACUGACAGCUCUGAGGUACGCUACAGAGGGUAAAGCAUGUAAUAAACCACUUGAAGAAUUAAAAGAGGUUGUCAAUACCUUUAACUUAACAGAUAAAAAAGGAGGAUGCAAUUCAUCUUGCUUGGCAUAUUUCAAUUACGAUGAACGUGACGGUAGAUUGUACGACAUUUUUCAGGCACAAAUAACUGUUUUCAACAAGAUUAGGAAUGUUACAUGGCUCUAUGAUGUUGACUGUAAAAAAGUUAAUAAUCACAGUCGUCGAAUUUUAUCAAUAAAGUGUAAAGAAGUAGAAAAUAAUGCUUUCUAUUAUCAACGCUGGUGCAGGAAUACCUCUGAUUGCCUACAAGAUCAAGAAUGUAACAUGUUUGGAGAUCUAGGGGUGUGUUCCAGAGCUUGUAAAAAUGAUACUGUUAUUGGAAAUCAAUUUCACCAGUCGGAUUUUGAAGUUUCGACUGUUUUCCCUGUUAAAAUACAGAGCAGUGGACUUCAGAUCGGUUAUAUUGUUGCUGCAGCUAUUGGUGGUUUGGUGUUAGGAUUAACAGUAUGUGCUGUUGUAGUAAUCUGCAUUAUGAAAAACCGAAAACACAUCAAGGAAAAAUCCGAAAAUCUUGACUUGCAUUUAGCAAAUAACAGCAGUUGUAAAACAGAUAUGGAGGUAAACAUCAGCAAAAAUGCCAUCGAACCCGCAGAAAACAAAAAAUCGCCAGUUGGACCAUUCAGCGAAAGCAACGAAGAGUAUUCUACAUUCCAGAAUACAAAGAGAGAAAGGGAAGAUAUAUACAAUCAUCUAAAUGAAAAGACUGAAGAACGAGACCUUGAUGAUUAUGACCACACUCACGUUCCUGCCUGAAAACAAUCAAACUGCUUAAUACUGCUGCAAAAUAAGCAUGAGAAUCAUGGGCUUCUGUGCUUCAGACAAUGAGCAUAAGCAAUAGAUGCAAUCUAAUUUGAAUUGGCAUAUUACAUCAAAACGCAAAAAAAAGUUUUGUGAGUAAAAUUAUGUAGGUCCAAAGUUCCAACAAUUUUUUAAAAAAUCAAAUCUGUUCACUUUGAAUAUUUUCAUCUUAUAAUCAUUCCAUUAUAAGACAUAAUUCCCAAUAAUUCUUUUUCUUUCCGACGUUUUUAAUUGAA